UCUUUUUUCUUUUUUUUUUCUUCCCUUUCUUCUUCUUCUUUUCUUUUUUCUUUUUUCUUUUUUUUUUUGAGGCGCAUAUUAGUUAAGUCUUCGUGUUUUAGCUUCUAGGUCUGAUCCAAUCCCCACUCCACAAAAAUUCUCCAAUUCUCGCCGUCGUCGUCGUCGUCGUCAUCGUCGAUGCUUCCUCCCGUCGAUCUCCGCCGUCCCUUCUUUCUUCUACUUCCUUCUUCCCCGCCCUCUCUCUCUCCUCUCUCAGUUCAUACCCUACGCCGCCUCCUACCGCCUCCAUGAUCCGUCGCUUCCCGAUUGCUUGCUCCGGUGAUUCCUCUUCGAUCCGAUUAUUACUCUUCUCCUUCCGUACUCAACUUCUCCGAUUUCUUCAAUUAUCCCUCCUGGAUCGUGUUCGUUGCACAGCUUGAUUCUCCCGAGGAGUUUUCUAGAUUGAUUUAGUUCUUAACGGAUUUUCAACUGUUUUCUAGAUUUAUUUUACACGUAGCUUUCUUCUUUUCUAUUUUUUUUUUUUUUUUAGGGGGGGGGGGGGGGUGGUUGAGAGAGAGAGAGAGGAGGGGAUUUUAUUGUGUAUGUUGGAGAAGAGUUAUUUAUCCGACUGACUUCUGUAAGAAUUGAAGUUUGAAACGGAUCUUGAAUUUAACUGAGAAACUCAGAGUUUUCUUUUGGAUUUGUGAUUCGAUUUGGAGUUGAAGAAACUGAAGACUGUUUCUUUGAGUUUAAUCGAAGUUAUGGAUGAACGGGACACUAGUAGGAUAAAUAUGGGGAUGUCAGAUGUGAUUCUUGGCUGUGUAAUGCCCUAUAUUCACGACCCGAAAGAUCGUGACGCUGUUUCUCAAGUUUGCCGGAGAUGGUACGAGCUUGAUGCGCUUACACGUAAGCAUGUUACUAUAGCUCUUUGCUACACCACCACACCGGAACGGCUACGGCGACGGUUUAUUCAUCUCGAAUCGUUGAAAUUGAAGGGUAAACCUAGAGCUGCGAUGUUUAAUUUGAUACCUGAGGAUUGGGGAGGAUAUGUAACUCCUUGGGUAAGGGAGAUUGCUGAUUCUUUCAAUUGCUUGAGGUCUCUUCACUUCCGGCGGAUGAUUGUUGUAGAUUCGGAUCUGGAGCUUCUUGCUUGUGCACGAGGACGUGUUCUUCUAUCGCUUAAACUCGAUAAAUGCUCUGGAUUCUCCACUGAUGGAUUGUUCCAUAUCGGACGCUCUUGCAGGAAUUUAAAAACAUUGUUUUUGGAAGAGAGCUCAAUUGUCGAGAAAGAUGGGGAAUGGCUACAUGAACUUGCUAGGAACAACACAGUUCUUGAGACAUUAAAUUUUUACAUGACAGAUCUUACCCAAGUUAGAUUUGAAGAUCUUGAACUUAUAGCCAAAAACUGCCGUUCCUUAAUUUCUGUGAAAAUUAGUGAUUGUGAAAUCCUUCAUCUCGUGGGCUUCUUUCGCGCUGCUGGUGCUUUGGAGGAAUUUUGUGGAGGAUCCUUCAAUGAUGAAGCAGAGAAUUAUACUUCUGUAGCCUUGCCUCAGAAUCUCCGUAAUUUGGGACUUACAUAUAUGGGAAGGAAUGAAAUGCCGAUAGUUUUCCCUUUUGCAAACCUUCUCAAGAAGUUGGAUCUCUUGUAUGCUCUGCUUCAUACAGAAGACCAUUGUACUUUGAUUCAGAGAUGCCCCAACUUAGAAGUGCUUGAGACUCGAAAUGUGAUUGGAGAUAGAGGAUUAGAAGUACUUGCUCGUCAUUGCAAGAAACUGAAAAGGCUUAGAAUUGAGCGAGGAGCGGAUGAGCAGGGAUUGGAAGACGAGGAAGGUCUUGUUUCACAAAGAGGAUUGAUUGCUUUGGCACAGGGAUGUCUGGAACUGGAAUACUUAGCUGUAUAUGUAUCGGAUAUCACAAAUUCGUCUCUCGAGUGCAUCGGUACAUACUCGAAAAAUCUCUGCGAUUUUCGCCUCGUCCUGCUGGACCGAGAAGUGCGGAUAACGGAUUUGCCACUCGACAAUGGAGUUCAAGCUCUAUUGAGAGGGUGUUCUGAGAAACUGAAAAGAUUUGCUUUGUAUCUUCGGCCUGGUGGAUUAACAGACGUUGGUCUUGGUUAUAUAGGAAGGUACAGCCCAAAUGUAAGAUGGAUGCUUCUUGGUUAUGUGGGGGAAUCUGAUGAUGGGCUAUUGGAAUUCUCUCGCGGCUGCCCCAGCUUGCAGAAACUUGAGGUUAGAGGGUGUUGCUUUAGUGAACGAGCAUUAGCAAAAUCCGUAAUGCGAUUAACUUCCCUCAGGUACUUAUGGGUUCAAGGCUACAGAGGGUCAUCUUCAGGCCGUGAUCUUCUCGCAAUGGCUCGCCCGUUCUGGAACAUCGAAUUGAUUCCAUCGAGACGAGUCGUGGUGCCUGAUCAAGUCGGGGAGAUGGUGGUGGCUGAACACCCUGCUCAUAUACUAGCAUAUUACUCCCUAGCAGGACCAAGAACUGAUUUUCCAGACAGCGUUGUGCCGUUGGAUUCCUCAUCCUUGAUCCCUGCAUAGAGCUUAUGGGGAUGUACAUACAACAACAACAACAACAAGAACGAUGACAAGAACAACAACAACAAUCUCUCUCCUUUUGUUCUUGCACUUCUCCAUUUUGCCACGUUCCUGUUAAUAGAAUUCAAGGUUACAAAUUUGCGGUUAUGAUCAAUUGUGUUUCGAAAUGUCAUUUUGUUGUGGUGGUAUCAUAUAGACAAGACAGAAAGACAAAGACAGACAAAGAUGGUUUUAGUGUUGUAAUAAGGCUGUGUUGUUUUGUUCUUAAAAUCGUAUGAUGGAAAGGCAGUUUGAGUACUGUUUAUUUCAAUGACUUUCCUUUUCCUUUUGCCCAUUUCAAAGAAGAAGACCCUUAGCUUUCCAGGUUGGUAAUAGUGUAAUAUUAUUUCUUCCUUUCUGAGUCAAAUCCCACUCAGAGAAUUCUGGUCUUUUUUCUUUUUUCUCCUUCCUUUUUAUAGUUAGUUGGUGGGGUUAUUGGAGAAUGGUUUGUAUCAGUUGUGAAUAAAUGAAAGAGGUUUUACAUUCAACUUCUA